AUGAAGAAGAAUUCUGAGAGAAGGGUAGAAGGUCUUGAAAAUUUCAACACUAGGCUCACUCCCGUAUACAAGUCUAUACUAAAGGAAAACAUCGACAUUGGUCAUACUUGGACUAUUUUUGAAUCCAUGGAAAGAUUAUAUGAAGUCAAGUCUCCCCGAUCUCAUUCUGUAGAUCUGUCGGAGAGAACUUGUACGUGUCACAGGUGGCAAGUAAAUGGUUUUCCUUGUGCACAUGCUUGUCUUGCCAUUCAAGCUACGAGGGAGGACAUUUGUUCAUUUGUUGAGCCAUACUUCACCACUGACUGGUACAACAAUACAUACCAGGAGAUUAUCUUGCCAAUCCCCAAUUAUGACAAUCCGCACCCUUAUGAUCCUAGUGAUAUGCUUAGUGUUCCUUCAUGUUACUCCACCUGGUAUACAAAGAGCAUGGCGUUUCAAGAAUACUGGGAGAAGCAAAAGAGGCCUAUGAUGUGCACAAAGUGCUUCAUCCUUGGUCACCACAACAGAGCUACCUUCCCAUGA